AUUCUCUCGGCCGUUGAGGCGAAAACGUAUAUAAAAGACAUUUUUCGGAUUACUCGGCAGCUACAGAAAACUCGAAAUUCUCGCCGUAAAGAUCAAAUAGAAAAAAUGGUCUCUCUUUUUCUAACCCGCCUAAUAAUCACCGCCUGUUGCAUCGGAGCCAUCACAUCGGCUCCCGUCAACGUUCUACCCGGCGGCGAUUCGAAACCCGGUGAAAAAUCCUCAGCGAAUGAAAAUACAGACGAAAAUUCGCGCGGCGGUAUCCCGUUCCUAUCUUCCGACUCGGACACGAAAGCCUUGUUCGUAACCGCAAUGAUAGUUCCGGUUUCCAUAUCGGAUGUCGCCGGAAUGGCGUCGAUGAUGGGCGGUCUGGGGGGUCUACCCGGAGGCGCGGGUUCACCUGCGGGGGCUCUGACAAGCUUGGCGGGACCCGUGGCCAAUAUGAUUCCCAGCGCUAAAAGUGCGGCACCUACACGCAAUUGAUACAUAAUUCCGAAAAUUUAUCGCCGUACUUCAGUAAAUAAAUAUACGUACAC